AUGAUGAUCAAUACUCUAAGCAUCAGAAUGUGUAGCCUCAUGAAAAUCAUAUCUCUCACUCAACUAGGUUUAGUUGCAGCUCAAACUGCCAUCAUUGUUGACACCGGAACAGUGUUUCAGCAAAUUGAUGGUUUCGGUGUAUCUCAAGCAUUUGGUCGUGCCAAGGAGUUCCAAAAUGCAGCGGCAGCACCUCAGAAGCAGGGGCUCGAUUACCUCUUCAGCACGACAACCGGAGCUGGUCUAACUAUCAUCAGAAACCGCAUUGGGUCAGGCGGAGCUGGCGACAGUAUCGAGCCGACUAGCCCUGGAGCACCAGGUAACACUGCCAACUACACAUGGGACAAUGACGAUUCUGGCCAGGUCUGGUUCAGCAAACAGGCCAUGAGCUAUGGUGUCAAGACCAUCUAUGCGGAUGCCUGGAGUGCGCCCGGGUUCAUGAAGACCAACAAUGAUCAAAGCAAUGGAGGCUAUCUCUGUGGGACAACGGGACAUACCUGCUCUUCUGGUGACUGGAGACAAGCAUAUGCCAACCUCCUGGCGCAAUACGUGAAGUUCUAUGCGCAGUCUGGUAUCACUGUCACACAUCUCGGAUUUUUAAACGAACCAGACUACUCCGUUGGUUACUCUUCUAUGCUUAUCGACGUAACUAGCGCACAAGAAGCCACGUCGUUCAUCCCAACUCUAUACCAGACUCUUCAGUCCAACAACCUCGGCAGCGUCAAGAUAACCUGCUGCGACGGCAUGGGCUGGCCGAACCAGCUCAAGAUGAGCAGUGCUCUCAUCAGCGCCGGCAUGGAACAGUACCUAGGGACCAUGACCUCCCACAUGUACAGCGGCGACCCGAACUCGGUGAUGAACACCAAGCUGCCCGUCUGGCAGACCGAGGGCGCUGAUCUCAACUCGGCGUGGUGCACGACGUGGUAUAGCAGCGGUGGUGCAUGCGAGGGCAUGACCUGGGCGAGCAAGAUAGCCACCGGCAUCCUGAACGCGAACCUAUCUGCAUAUAUCUACUGGCAGGGCUUCGAAGUCAACCAGCCGCAAGCUUCGAGCUAUCUUGUAGCAUCUCUGGACGGCGCAACUGCCAUCCCGUCGGGCCGUCUUUGGGCUUUCGCGAUGUGGUCUCGCUUCGUUCGUCCUGGCGCCCGUCGGCUGGGGACAUCAGGCACGAUCUCAAGCGUGGCAAUUGGGGCAUUCAAAAACACUGAUGGCUCUAUUGUCGUCGUGUUCACCAACUCUGGCACAUCAACUCAGUCGGCCAAGGUCUCGUUCAGCGGCUUCGCGCCCAGUGCUGCCGAGGCAUGGUUGACGGAUAAUACUCACACGGUGGCGUCAACCGGGGCAUCACUCUCCGGAGGCGCAGUCACCGUAUCACUGCCUACGAAGUCUGUCGUCACCCAGAGCCACGACAAGCGCACCGAGCACGCUCAGCACAAGCACAAAGAGUGCAACCAGCAGCACGACGACCAGCUCUGGGGGAUCCGGCACCUGCUCCUCGCUUUAUGGACAGUGUGGGGGCAAUGGGUGGACGGGACCAACCUGCUGCACUCAGGGCACAUGCAAGUACUCUAA